AUGACCGAUAUUGAGAAGAAGCGUCCUCCUCUCUCGGACUCCUCUGAUCGAAGCGAUAGAGAAUCUGAAGCUGCGGAGAACAAGACGAAAGAGCAACCAGAGGAAGAUAUUGACGAGGCCCGUGAGCGUAUUAUCCGAGAACAUCGUACUGAGUUGGAGCAGCGGGGCGAGGGCUUGGUCCAACAAGAGAUCCCCAUUCUUCCUCUCACCCAGUUUUUCGGACAGAAGAAAGAUUUCGAUAUCGAUGCAAUCGCGACUCAACCUUCUGUGUACGACAGCCCUGCUGCUGCUGCCUACUUCAGGCCCCACGAAAGCUAUGAAAACCGGCAUCGGUUCGAUCCCACUUGCAGGUGGACAUGGAAGGAGGAACUGCCACUCAUCAACAAGAUGGACCUCAAGAUCACCAUAUGGGCUUGUGUUGCCUUCUUCGGUCUAGACCUCGGUCGUGGCAACCUUUCGCAAGCCAACACCGAUGACUUCCUACCAGAUCUCGGAAUGGACACCAAUGACUACAACCUUGGAAACACUGUGUAUCAAAUUUCCUUCUUAUGCGCCGAAUUGCCUUCUCAGAUGAUCAGCAAAAAGUUAGGUCCGGACCGCUGGAUCCCCUUCAUCAUGUGCUCAUGGAGCCUCGUCUCGGGAGCUCAAUUCUUCCUCAGCGGUAGGACCAGUUUUCUUAUCACCCGCGCUAUCCUCGGUGUCCUGCAAGGCGGCUUCAUCCCUGACAUCGUACUUUACCUUACCUACUUCUUCAAGGGCAACGAGCUUCCGUUCAGGUUGGCGAUGUUUUGGUGCGUGCGACGAAUCACGGAUAUCAUCGCACCUAUCAUUGCUUUUGGUGUUCUUCGCAUGCGAGGCGUUCUCGGAUAUGAAGGAUGGAGAUGGCUUUUCUUGAUCGAGGGGAUCAUCAUGCUGUCCAUCGGCAUAUGGUCUAUUUUCAAGAUGGCCCCUUCGCCUACACAAACCAAACGGCCUUGGAGACCACAGGGCUGGUUCAACGAACGAGAGGAGAAGAUCCUCGUCAACAGGAUUCUGCGUGACGACCCCUCCAAGUGCGACAUGCACAACCGGCAGGCCAUCAACCUCAAGAUGCUUUGGCACUCUCUUUGCGACUACGAGCUUUGGCCCAUCUACAUCUUUGGCCUUCUCUGGGAGAUUCCCGCCGGUCCUCCAGACCAGUACCUUACCCUGACCCUUCGGAACCUUGGCUUCGGUACCUUCGAUGCCAACCUGCUCAGCAUUCCGUGCCAAUUCAUUGGUGCCGUUAUGAUGUGCAUCAUGACCUAUUUGUCAACGAGAUGGAACGAGCGUGCUCUUUUUGGUGUCUUUACACAGUUUUGGUAUCUCCCGAACUUGAUCGCGCUCGCCGUUCUGCCUUCUACAGCUGGCCCAUGGGCGCAAUUCGCGAUUGUCACAGUCUUGCUAUCCUACCCGUCCCCGCAUGCCAUGCACGUGGCCUGGGGAAGCCGAAACUCCAAUUCCGUGCGCACUCGGGCUGUAUCUGCAGCCCUUUACAACAUGAUGGUCCAGCUUGCUCGAGUGAUUUACUCAAACAUCUACCGCGAAGAUGAUCGGCCUGAAUCAAAGGGCUUCUAUAUCUACAAGAACAGAUCCCGCGAGAAGAAGUGGCAAGCGAUGACUGAAGACGAACGGAUUCACUACCUCGAUACAACCAAGGAUAAAGGAAGUUCGAAACUAGACUUCCGGUUCGUGCAUUAA